GUAAUUAUCAAUUGCCUCUUAUUAAUUUUAUUAAAUAUCAUCCAAGUGUAGAAGGGGGAUAUCCAAGUACAUGCACGUAGCCGUCACGCGUUCGACGAGUGUCUAACCCCUGGUGGCUGAUAAAAAUGUAACAAACAACGAAGCCGGGAUACGAACGUCUUAUUUCUUCUGCAAAGUCCGCGUCGCGAUCUCCUCGUUCGCGCUUAGCUUUCACCUCCGGAUCAGCAUCGGAAGCGACCAGGCCUUUACAAUCACGAAGAGGCAAACACAAUCAGCGAGAUUAAGUGUGAAAUUUACGUUCGCGAUCUACGGCUGAGACAAGCGUGUAAAGGUCAAGAGCUUCAAUAAACGAUUAAAGUAAUUGAAAGAUGGAUAAGCAACAUCGUCCCAACCAAGUAACAACAGAGUACAAGAGAUAUCCAUUGCCAAAAAAAGUGGAUGAGUCAAAGGUUGCAAUCGUCUCGGCAAUGAGCACCACCGACGUCAUAAUAUCCACAACGAAAUUGGAAGUCAAGAAUGAUUUUGAAAAAGGCAAAGACAAUAAUAAUGAUCUGAUUAAAGAAAAUCAGCAACGCACAGUCGAGAAAGUAGCCCCACAGAUUGAGAAGCCAAAAAAGAUUCCAGUUAUCGAACAAUCAGUGAAGUACGAGCCAGUAAGGACAGCGGUUCCUCGCACGCGACCACCAAUGCCGACUCCCGACCUCGAGGGUCGUCCCGUGGUAUUGGCGACUCAUCUGGUGCCAUCGUUGCCGAUAGGCCUCUUCGAGGUUCUCGCCGAGGCCAUCGAGGCUGCCACUGGCAAGGCAGUGGUUCUCCUUCAUGAGUCCAGAUACGACCGGCCCGUGGCAAAGGAUGUCGCCGAUAUCGCAAUUUUGCCAGCUGGAGAACAGUGGGAAGAUGGCAAUUUGUUACCCGUAAGCUUUGUUUUUGAACAUCGUUUGAACAAAAACUUCUCCCCGGGCGUUUAUGCGGACGUUGUUGUUGCAACAGAUCGAGCACCCCACGUUGAAAAUAUAAUGGAUCUCCGAGGUCAUAGAUGCGCUUUGCCGGAUCGACGAAGAACGAUUGGAGCAGCGACAUUGCUUUUCAAUCAUUUAAGAGCUAAAGGGGAAGGGCCUGCCUUCUUUGGAAAUACUUUAGAUGCACAUUCCCAAGUAUCAGCAUUACAAAUGGUGGCUGGAAAACAAGUUGAAGUUUGCAUACUCGAAUCACCGGUCAUACGAUUUCACAGAAAAUCUUUACCAGGCGUUUAUUCUCUACACAUUUUGAGCAGUUUAGGUCCACUACCACCAUACCCAAUUAUGGUUAAUAAAAAUAUGUCGACUGCUAUUGUUAAUAAAAUCAAAGAAUAUUUACUGAAGAUUCGUCAUGAUACCGAAUGGAUAGAGAAGUUUGCGCCUUAUAGUGUUUUAGGUUUUACGGAGUACACUAAAAGUCUCUACGACGUACAAGAAAUAAAAUCUGUAGCAACCAGUGCUCCAUACUAUUGAAAGUAAAAAAUCUUUCAUUAAUU